CCAAAGAAGAAGAAGAAGUACACUACAGAUUGUGUCGUGUACUCCGAUGCAUACAUAAGUCACCAUGUCUACCGAGAGUGUGUUGUUAUUGUCUGUCAGUGGGGAGCUGGUACGGGAAAGAUGAAUUCAGCUGAGUCAAGCUAUUGUCUCUUAGGUUGAUGUCAGUCUGGUGUCAUGUGACUGAGUGGAGUACAGGAGCAUCAGUAUGAGUCCUGAGUGUUUACUUAUAUCUUCAUUGUGAUCUGAGUGGACAGCGUCUCCGGGAUGGCAGACAGACGGUAACCUCACAGCAGCAGAGGGGCUGACAUUCUACAUUAGUUUAUCCUGGUCACCCUCACAUCCCUUGGAUUCCUCCAUUUCCCUCCCUCCAUCCUGUCUCUUUGAGAAUGGAUGGUCAGCAGUCUCUACAGGCCAGCGUGAACUCCUCUUACAUUCCCACCACCAUCUCCUCCAUGUGUGACGAAGAGCUUUCAGAGGGUGAGGCGGUGGGGGGCGACACUUCCCCUUUGCUUUCCCAACAGCAGCCGGCAGGGCCCCUGGCGGCCCGUCACUGCCCGGAGGACUCCUACAAUCUGGUAUACAUCAUCUUUUUCCUGAUGGGCAUCGGCUCUCUGCUGCCAUGGAAUGUCUUCAUCACAGCCAAACAGUACUGGCUCUACAAGCUUAGUAACGGCUCCAGCCCCGCUGCUCAAGAGGAACCUCACAGUGACCUCAGCGACUACUUUGAGAGUUACAUCGCCAUCGCUUCUGCGAUUCCCUCAGUGCUGUGUCUCAUCCUCAACUACCUCCUGGUGAACAGGUUCUCCUCUCGGGUGCGGAUACUGUUCUCUCUCCUGGUGAUCUUGGUUGUGUUUGUGGUGACCACAGCGCUGGUGAAAGUGGAUAUGUCUGGCUGCAGGAUGCAGUUUUUUGGGGGUACGCUGGCCAGUGUGGCGCUGGUCAGCGGGGCGUCCAACAUAUUCUCUGGCAGUGUGUUCGGUAUCAGUGGCCACUUUCCCAUGAGAAUAUCUCAAGCAAUCAUAUCAGGUCAGGCCAUGGGUGGCACUUUGAGUGCAUUGGCAUCAAUAGUAGACCUGGCUGCCUCGAGUGACGUGACCGACAGUGCGCUGGUGUACUUCAUCACAGCGGACGUCUUCACUCUUGUCUGUAUCGUCAUGUACCUGCUGCUGCCCAGACUGUCUUACUCAAGAUACUACAUGGAAGUAGCAGCUGUACCCUGUAGUGAGUCUAACAGCCACAGCAGCCGCUCUGAGUCGACUUCUGGAUCCGUGCCGCCCCUCAAACCCAUCCUGAAGAAGACCUGGGUUCUGGGCAGCUGCGUCUUCUACGUUUUCUUCAUCUCCAUCAUGAUUUUCCCUGCUCUUUCCUCGGGGAUCCAGUCCAUGAAUAAAGACUCUGGAAGCCCUUGGGCUACCACAUACUUUGUGCCUCUGACUAGUUUUUUACUGUACAAUGUUGCAGACUUCUGCGGCCGCCAGGUCACGGCCUGGUUGCAGGUGCCGGGUCCCACCAGCCGCAUGCUGCCAUUGCUGGUGGUCUCCAGAAGCGCCUUGGUUCCUCUCUUCAUGUUCUGCAACUAUCAGCCCCGGUACCAUCUGCACAGUGUGUUCUUUGCACAUGACCUCUUCCCCGUGGUCUUCGUCUGUCUGCUGGGGAUUUCCAACGGGUACCUGGGCACACUGCCCAUGAUCUAUGGGCCCAAAGUGGUGCCGCGGGAGCUGGCUGAGCCUGCGGGGGUUGUCAUGUCCUUCUUCCUCACACUUGGGCUUGCUGUGGGGUCAGCCUUCUCUGUGGCGCUUGUUCACUCUAUCUGAGUCUAAAUGACUGGCCUUUUAGACUUUUAAAGUGUUGCCACAAGACUGAUCGUUUACACUACAGCACUCAAGAAGACUUUUGACAAUUUAAAAAAAUUAUUUUCAUAUUUUUUGUUACAGUU